GGCCCCGGGAUGCUGCUCCGGCCCCGGCGGCCGCCUCCGCUCGCGCCGCCGUCGCCGGCCAGCCCCGACCCCGAGCUGCAGUCCGCCGCGGAGGCCCCGGGGACCCCACCUGGGCGGCGCGCCUCGCCAGACGCCCUGGAAGAGCCCGUGUCGCCCGUGUCCCCAGGCUCGGCUCAGCGCACGCCCUGGAGCGCUCGGGAGACGGAGCUGCUGCUGCACACGCUGCUGCAGCCGGCCGUGUGGCGCUCGCUGCUGCUGGACCGCCGCCAAACCCUGCCCACCUACCGCCGCGUGUCCGCCGCGCUGGCCCGCCUGCAGGUCCGGCGCACGCCCGCGCAGUGCCGCCGCCGCUACAAGUUCCUCAAGGACAAGCUCCGCGAGGCGCAGGGCCAGCCGCCCGGGCCCUUCGACGCGCAGAUCCGGGAGCUCAUGGGCCUCCUGGGCGACACCGGGCGCAAACGGCCCCGCCGCCCCGGGCGCCCCCAGCGCGGCCGCCGCCCGGCCGCCAGCGCGCCCGCGCCCGCGCCCACCCCGGGCGAGCCAGGUGUCAUGCCGCUGCCAGCCGCCCGCGACCCCAGUGCGGACCCCGCCUGGACGCUCAGGUUUAGCCCGUCUUCGCCAAAGUCUGCGGACGCCUCCCGCGCCCCCUGCUCUCCGCCAGCCCCCACCCCGACCGCCCUCUCCAACUUCGUCUCGGGGCCCGGCAGCCCCCAAGACCACGUGCCUGUCCGCGCCCCCGCCUCCCCGCCGUCGCCAGCCCCCCACCCCACCCAGGAAGACUCAGACUCGCCACCCGGCCGCCCCGAGGACCGCGCGCCCCCGCAGGCCGCGCCAUCGCUGAACGCCGCCCUGAUGCAGACCCUGGGGCACCUGGGCGACAUCGUGGCCGUCCUAGGCCCGCUGCGCGACCAGCUGCUGACCCUGAACCAGCACGUGGAGCAGCUGCGUGGCUCCUUCGACCAGACCGUGUCCUUGGCCGUGGGCUUCAUUUUGGGCAGCGCGGCCGCUGAGCGUGGUGUCCUGCGGGACCCGCGCGAGUGA